AUGGCUCGAGGCAUCUUAGGGAGGUCGCGCGCACCAGAGGCUAUAGAGAUCAUUUCAAACCCGGUUUUGAAGUAUUCCGACGCAUUACCACGGACAGAUCUGAGAGAUGUCGAGAGCGUGGCCAACAACAGCCGCCCUGUAAACCGCGCCGUUGCGCAAUGGGACUUUCAGCGCCCCAGGACAGCAGAUGGACGUAAACCGAUCAAGAAGGGGCAAGGUCUCAAUCCCGGUUUCGAUUUUCAGAUCGCCAUACCUCCCGCUGAAGCGGUACCCUUACCCAAGAGCCCUGAUGACGAUCUGAAUGCAAACAUGAUCGGUAUAGCCUUAGGUAGCCCUCGCAUGGCAGAACCGCAGAGUAUACUCUCGCAAAUGCAAGAACAGCCGCCCGUUUCAACUUCGGCGAGCCCCGAACAAGCCUCGCCCCAAACGAAAACCCCCAAGCGCAAACCGAGCAAAUGGAGGAAGCUUGGCGGAUUGUUCAAGGCCAAGAAUGCAUUGCCAGCUACGGCCAACCAGCCAUUCUAUCAGCUUCGCUGUACUGAGGAGUGGCCUCUACAGGAGUCCACCCAUUCAGUCGACUACGAACACCAAUGUAAGGCUGAAAAAUCGGAGCCUGAGAACAUGGCUCCAACACCUCCUAAUCUUCCAGAUUUAGAGAUAUGGCCGUGUCCCGAGGGGCAGAAUGAACCCCAAUUCUACGCUCAAAGCAGCUUGGAGACAGCCCCCCAAGACUCGGCCAAGAAUAAUGACCUUGGACCUGGUGCAAAGCCGCGCAUUGCAGGACCUUUUUUGCAAAUCGACAUUCCUGAUGUCCAGCUAGAAAGGUAUAGCGUCAUGUUUGGCGGUGUUUUGAAUCAAAACGAGCCCUCGUUGUUGAAGAGGCGGAGUAAGACUUUGGAGGAUGUGAGGAUCCCAAAGCCAGAUGCAUCCAUACCAACACCAGAAUUUCAAUCACCUCGACGACGGGCGACAUCGCCGCAACCACGACUUCCCAGCUUCAAUCUGUUCCCCACGCAAGCGCCUGUCAGUAAGGCGUCGAAGGUUCUGGGAUCUCAGAACAUACCAAGAGGCCCCAGCCCUUUGCAUCGAAGCCAGACAUCGCUCGCGGAAUUAGGCCGACAGACACCUACAAAUGAUCCAAAUCACGUCCUCUUGAUGGUGCAGAGUCCAUCCAUCAAGUCCCCCAUGUCGCAUCAAACCAAGGACUCCGUCUCGUCGACAGUGUCAAUGGAUUCAACCGAGGAAGAGCGCCUUCUGCAGAAACUCAAGCAGAAGAAAAUCUACGUGGACAAAGAACAGGAGCCUGAAUGGGAAAUUAUCAGCAAGAAGCCCACAAUCGAGGCCUCAAGUCCACGUCCCAGCCCUAUUCAGAUCCCAACUCCCAGCCCAAGGCAGAGAACACCACCCUUGGCCCUAGCGAUUAACACCCAAGCCUUGCCAUCCACGCGGUCCAGCAUAAGCUCCGCCCCAUCCCCCCACCUCUCACCCAUCAACUCCGCCGCGCGCGACAAGACCGAGCGCAUCAGAUCUCCAAUGGAGACUCUUUCCGCACUCUCCCCCUUCUCGACCACACGCAUGCCCCUCAGCGACGAUAACGAGGACAUCGAAGCGAACGAGGCUAUGGACCCCAUCCCCAAGGUCGAAGUCUCCAUCGCCAGAUCCGUCUCCGUCUCACGAGGAAAGAAGCAGGUCAUCGUCCCCAUCAGGCCAAGGGCGGAGAGACUGAAUCCCGACGAGAGGCUCGUAGUCCGACAGGCGAAGACCCCACAGGUACGAGAUGCGCACCACGGCCAUCGGCAUGGGAAUUCGCAGGACGCGCGCAUUGAAACUAUAUAA